GCCCGAACUAUCAACCAUCUCGCCUUGACCCCGCACGCCUUCCAACUGCCAGCCAGCGUCCUUCCUUCUACAUUACCGUAUCAUCGCCCUGACUGGCAUAGCGACGCCACCGCUGCUGCUCACCACGUAGCGUCCGCCAGUCAACAUGGACUCGACCGCCUACACCGUGGUCGCCCCCUUCGACGACUCGUCGCAGUUCGAGCUCUCACCUUCUGAGCUCAGGACCAUCCUCCAAAAGGCAGACGAUGAGACCAAGCUACACACACUGCGCCGCAUCAUCGUCUCCACCCUCAAUGGACAGCCUCAGCCGACACUUCUCAUGCCCAUCAUCCAAUAUGUCCUUCCCUCCAAAAGCAAGCAAAUCAAGAAGAUGCUUCACUUCUACUGGGAAGUCUGCCCAAAGUACGACGAGAAGGGAGAGCUCAAGCAAGAGAUGAUCCUCGUCGUCAACGCCAUUCGCAACGACCUGCAGCAUCCCAACGAAUACAUCCGAGGGUCAACGCUCCGUUUCCUACAGAAGAUCAAGGAGCCCGAGCUCCUAGAGCCUCUCAUCCCCUCUGUCCGCGCAUGUCUCGAACAUCGUCACUCCUACGUGCGCAAGAAUGCCGUCUUCUGCCUCUUCGCCAUCUACCAGCACCACGAGAACAUGAUCUCAGACGCGCCAGAGGUCAUGCUCACCUUCCUCGCAGCAGAGGCAGACUCGACGUGCAGGCGCAACGCCUUUGUUCUCCUCUGCAAUGCUGCGCCGGACAAGGCCACUGAGUACCUCAUGGACAACUUCGAGUCGAUCCCCAGCAUGGACGAGCUCAUGCAGUUGGCCGUCAUUGAGCUCAUUCGCAAGGAGUGCAAGGGAGAGAGCGCAAACAGGCCAAAGUACAUUCGAGCCAUCUCCGAGCUCCUCUCUGCUCCUUCGCAUGCCGUCAAGUACGAGGCAGCCAUCACCCUCACCACACUCACGCAGAACUCGGCCGCUAUCAAGGCAACGGCUGGGGCUCUCAUUGAACUCGCAGUAAAGGAAUCGGACAACAACGUCAAGCUCAUCGUCUUGUCUCGCCUCGAUGUACUUCGAGCCAAGCAUGACCAUGUCAUCGACCCGUUGGUCAUGGACCUGCUGCGCGUUCUCACUGCCCCGGACAUGGACGUCAAGCGACGAGGCCUGUCUAUCGCGAUGCAGAUGGUCUCAAGCCGGAAUGUCGAGGAAGUCACCCUGUUCUUGCAAAAGGAGCUCACUAAAACGACGGAAGCCACUGGAUCAACGACGGCGGAGCGCAACAUCGAAUACCGUCAGCUCCUCAUUCAAUCGAUCCACCAGUGCGCCAUCCGCUUCUCAGAGGUGGCAUCCAAGGUCAUUCACACCCUCAUGGACUUCCUCGGCGACUCGUCAAAUCCUUCCGCAGUCGAUGUCAUCGUCUUCGUACGCGAAGUGGUCGAGAAGUUCCCGGCGCUGCGCCCAUCCAUCGUUAGGAAGCUGCUCAGCACUUUUGCCUCGAUCAAGAGCGGUAAGGUCUUCCGAGGCGGAUUGUGGAUUGUGGGCGAGUACUGCGAGAGAGAAGAAGAGAUUGAAGAUGCCCUGUCACAUAUUCGCAGCGUCAUUGGUGAGGUGCCGAUCCUCGCGGCUGAGGAGAGGCUUCUACAGCAGGAGGAGAACAAGGAAGAGCAGGGUGCCGCUGAGGUCAAUGGGGCGAGCGCGGUCGCUACGAAGACGAGAGUACGAGCAGAUGGGACCUAUGCCACCGAGACCGCCUUUACAUCGGAUGCGAAUGCGUCUGCCCGCCUGGACCUCGUCAAGAACGCCCAAAAGCCACCACUCCGCUCCUUGAUCCUCCUCGGUGACUUCUACACCGCUACAGCACUCGCCUCAUCACUAGCCAAGCUCAUCUCACGGCUCCACGAGCUCCCCAACGUCGCUGCCAGCCGCAAGAACGAGCGCAGAGCAGAGGCUAUGCUUCUUCUGGCCUCGAUCGUCCGCGCUGGACAGUCCAAGUUCGUCUCAGCGCCGAUUGACGAGGACUCGCAGGAGCGCAUCCUCGCUUGCAUUGAGACGCUGGCUGACCUGGCUGCGCCGGAGAGGAGCAUGAAGGGGGCAGAAGAGGUCUUCCUCAACGACACCAAGGCUGCGUAUGCGAAAAUGGUGGCCGCGGAGGAGAAGAAGCUGGCAGAGAAGAAGGCAAGGGAGAACAAGGUCAAGCAGGUGCAACCUGAUGAUAUCAUCUCGUUCAGACAGCUGGCAAAGAAGAGCGCCGCGGAGGCCGAGGCGGAAGACGCUGAAAGAGAGUUGACGAAUGCGACUGGCCUCGCAGAAAAGUCCAAGGAGGACUUCGUUGGCAAGCUGAAGCGCGUAGUCCAGCUGACUGGCUUCUCAGACGCAGUAUACGCGGAAGCCUACGUCAACGUGCAGCAGUUCGACAUCCUUUUGGAUGUCCUCGUCGUGAACCAAACCUCGCAAACUCUGCAAAACCUCGGCAUCGAGUUCGCAACCCUCGGCGACCUCAAGCUCGUGGAGCGCCCUACCUCCCACACACUAGGCCCGUAUGCCUUCCAAAGCAUCAAGGCCACGAUCAAGGUCUCAUCGACGGAGACUGGCGUCAUCUUCGGCAACAUCAUCUACGAGGCGACGGACAAGAAUGCAAAGACGUCGACGGCUGCACCAGAGUCGGCUUGCGUGGUGCUGAACGACAUUCACGUCGAUAUCAUGGACUACAUCAAGCCGGCGAGCUGCACAGAACAGCAAUUCAGGAGCAUGUGGACCGAAUUCGAAUGGGAGAACAAGGUCAACGUCAACACUACGAUUGUGGACUUGCACAAGUACCUUCAGCACAUGAUGCGAUCCACAAACAUGUCAUGUCUCACGCCCUCCGCAUCGCUGGCCGGGUCGUGUGGGUUCUUGUCGGCGAACCUGUACGCUCGCUCUCUCUUUGGUGAGGAUGCGCUGGCGAACGUCUCGAUCGAGCAGGUCGUCUCGACGGUGACGGAUCCGGCUACGGGAGAGGAGAAGGAGACGACGAGCGUGCAGGGACAUGUGAGGAUCAGGGCAAAGACGCAGGGCAUCGCGCUUAGCUUGGGUGAUAGGAUCACGGUUGCGCAGAAGGGCGGGCGAGGGGCGAAUGCGGAGGACGAGGAGGAAGAUGAAGAGGGCGACGAGGAUGCGGAGGCUGCGCAAGAUUUGCUGCUUUAGAGCAGUCGGUGUGAAGAGAGAAGUGAAUGAAUGUUUUCUCGACAACA